CGCCGCGCUUCCGGGCGGGCAUGGCGGGCGGCGGGGAGGAGCCCUUCGCGCCCUCGGCACUGGGUACCAGGCCUCACUGGGAUGCUGCGUAUGAGAGAGAGCUGCAAGCUUUUCAGGAGACGGGAGACGCUGGGGAAAUUUGGUUUGGAGAAGAAAGCAUGGUUCGCAUAAUCAGAUGGUUGGAGAAACAAAAGGUGCCCCUUGACAGCUCUGUGCUUGACAUUGGAACUGGGAAUGGUGUUUUACUGAUUGAAUUGGCAAAAAAUGGCUUCACUAACCUCACUGGGAUUGAUUACUCAGCUUCUGCAAUACAACUUUCAGAAAAAGUAAGGGAGAAAGAAGGGGUGUCUAACAUUAAAUUACUGGUAGAAGACUUCCUGGCUCCAUCAGCUGAGCUACUGGGAUUUCAGAUCUGUAUUGACAAGGGGACUUUUGAUGCCGUGAGCCUUAAUCCUGACAAUGCAGUUGGAAAGAGGAAGCAGUACGUGAGAUCUCUCUGCAGUGUAUUGAAGCCAGAGGGCUUUUUCCUCAUCACAUCUUGCAACUGGACCAAGGAGGAGCUGCUGAAUGAGUUCAGAGAAGGAUUUGAAAUUGUGGAGGAGCUGCCAACACCCAAGUUCUGCUUUGGAGGAAGAAUUGGAAACAGCGUAACAGCACUGGUUUUCCAAAGAAAAAAGUGAGACCAUCCAUCUUGGACAAAUUAGAUUAGCUGAGAAAAGUCUGAACUUUAAAGUAAGCUUGACAGCAAACCUCAGACACGUGUGUAAAUAAAUGUUAUUUGAGUACACAGUUAAAUGCUAUGUAUGGAACUCUAAGGGACUAUAAAACAUUGCCCUAGAAACACAAGAGCUUUGCAUAACUUGCCUGUAAAUUUUGGCCUUGCUACAACCUCACUUGUUUCAGGGAGGCUGCAAGUUUGAGAGACACAAGUCAUUUUAAAUAUUGACUGAGAUAGCCGAGUGUUGUCUGCAUUUGGAAUGUAAAGAUUAUCUGGUAUUUAAUUUCUGGAUUGGUAAUCAGUGACCAACAGAAGCAAAGGUGUUCUACAGAGGAAAUCUCAGUUCUGUGCUGUGGUGUAACUGGAGAGAAGCUUUUGAGAUGUAGUUGGUGGACCCUUCAUUUUUGCAGAAGGUAAUUCUCAUCACCUGUGAGAAUGUAGGCUUAUAUCAUUACUUACUUCCACUGAUCCCAUAAUUAUAUAAAGGUGUGACAUUAUAAUCUCACUAGCAUGUGA